GUGCCCCUUUCGCACUCUCUUAUACAGAAGUAACAUGGAGUAGAGUGUAUGUGGAGAAAAAGCAGCGGGAUGCUGAACAACACAACUUUACCAGUAUAAACACACAAACAUUCUCUGAAGUGCGUGGAGAAGGUGGAGUGGCUUAGAAUGGAUAUCGGCAGCUGUAGGCAGUAAUCACACUGUAAAUAAAGAGGGUAUCAGACAGUCACAUCACACCCUGAAAGUACCAUCUAGUACCCAGUGACUGUGAUCCAGGAGACCAGCAGUUUGCAGCCCGGGGUUGAAAUGCCUCACUGCUUUGCCUACGGCUGCACCAACCACAGCGGGAAGCUUCCGCCUGCUGUUUCCAUGCACUCUUUUCCAAAGGAUUUGCUUCUUGCCGAAACCUGGGUCUAUCACAGCCGCACCGACGUUGGAAAUGUGCGGGAGUUUGUGAAAGGCUUUCUCUUGAAAAAGCCGGGGCACUUUGUGCUGUGCUCGGAGCACUUUGAGGAUGAGAUGUUUGAAUCGAACGGUGAUUCCCCUCUGCCUCCACCCGAUUUGAAACCCAAGAGGAUGAGACGGAGGUUGAAAGUGAAUGCUGUGCCAACACUCUUUGCCACCGGUGCCCCCAAGCUGCGCAAGCAAGUGGGACAUCAUUUAAAAACACAUGAGAGGAAACAGCUUCUGGACAAUCUACUCCAGCAACAGAAAAGACCUCAGCCAGAAUCUGAUCAGUCCAGCAACAUGUCCCUGUCCCAGGAUUCUGAAGAACAUGCAUCUUCAAAACUCAUGGAGGAUCGUGAUGGCCUUGGUGAUCAUCCAAAGAAACCUCAGUUACAGAGGAGAAAGCUUCUUCCUCUGAAGUCCCAAAGUCUGAAAAGGAGUUCUGCCGUACCAAGAGCCCUGCAGAGAAAGACCCCAGCAGCUCUGAACCGGGUAGCUAUGUAUUUCUCAGAUGAGGAGUGGGAGAAGCUGGAAGAAUGGCAAAGAGAACUUUACAAGAAUAUGAUGAAAGAGAAUUACGAGGCCUUAGCCUCACUUGGUUAUCCCACUGUGAAUCCAAACAUUCUACAUAAAAUCAGACAGGAGGAGGUGAUGCGAUAUACAGCUCAUUGCUCAUCUGACCAGGAGCAGCCAGGCAGCCCUAUUGAAGAUUUUUCAAGCAUGGAAUCUGACUUCUUGUUACAAAUUAAGGAAAACGAGGAACAUUACAUAGAGGGAUGUCCACAAACAGAGGGAGAGGCAAAUAAUUAUCUUGACUCAUAUAAUGUUCCCAGCACCGAAGCUGAAAAUUUACACACACAUAAUGGCAGUUUAAGCUUUCAAGAUACAGUUUCUGGCAAGAAUAGUCUUUCCCAGCAGUUGAGUAAAAGUUUAAAUGCUGAUACGAACUCUUUGACAAAAUGGAAAUCUAACAUCACGGCAAGCAACAGUUUUGUCGGACCCACCGAAAGAAGUUUAAGUGCUAUCUCCAAAAACCACGAGAGAGAUUCUCCAUAUGGCUGGUUCUUUUGUGAUAAAGCAUUAUUACAGCAUGCAAGUAUUACCCCUAAGCAGGGGAAGCCCACGGAGCCGAGACCCUACAAAUGCUCCGAAUGCACCAAAAGUUUCACGGUUAAAUCGAACUUGAUCAAGCACAACCGCAUACACACCGGAGAGAGACCGUACAAGUGCACUCUUUGUUCAAAAAGCUUUAGUCGCAACUCUCACCUAAUCACUCACCAGCGAACACACACGGGGGAGAGACCUUACAAGUGCAGCGAGUGCAACAAGAGCUUUAUCCAAAACUCUGUGCUCAUCCAGCAUCAAAGGAUCCAUACAGGGGAGAGACCCUUUAAAUGUGAUCAGUGCAACAAGAGUUUCAGCCAGAAGUCAUGUCUAAUCCGUCAUCACAGAACUCACACCAGAUAGAAACUACAAUAUACAUUCAAUGUCCAAAAUAUGAUGGAGUUUACAGAACUUUAAGACUUUCCAUACAUAAAAAGCCAAUUCCAAAUGUGGUAAAUAAGCAAUAAAAAGACCUGCAGUUGCCUUUGAUGACCCGGAGCUGGUAGAGCAAAAAUUAUUAAAAAACAAACGGAUUCCGUGCAAGUGCUACAUAAAUUGUUGUAGGACGCCCUGAGCAUGCGAGUCCCUUUAUUUAGCAACCAUUUGAAACGUCAGCCAUCUCCACCUAAACUUACUCUUUCAGUUGUAUCUUUAAGCAAAUACUCUGGUACAGUGUCUCCUAAAAUACUAUAAAAUGUUCCACCAUUCUAAAAGCAAACUUUUCUAAAUCUCUAAUUGGAGCUGAAGGUAUUUUUUCUUGUUUUCCUAUUCAAUGCUUGUGAAUAAAAUUAAAGAAAAGUACUUCUUGUGUAAGAA